AUGGCCGGGGUCGUCGAUAGAAGUCCCAUGUACCAAGCCCAGGACUAUCCUUACACGUAUCAGCAACCGGGUCGAUAUCAGUCCGUGUCUUCCAGCUCCGUCCGUCCGUAUGACCGAGCACCUUUCUCAGCCAGGACAAGCUACGGCUCGGCAUCAUAUCAAGAGAUGGCUCGCUAUGGGAACCUGGGCAUGGGUGUGGAUGCCAAGCAACGUAAACGACGGGGAAAUCUCCCUAAAGAAACCACGGACAAGCUGCGUGCUUGGUUUGUGGCGCAUCUGCAGCACCCGUACCCGACUGAGGAUGAGAAGCAGGAUUUGAUGCGGCAGACGGGCCUCCAGAUGAAUCAAAUCUCCAACUGGUUCAUCAACGCCAGACGGCGUCAGUUACCUGCCAUGAUCAACAGCGCAAGAGUCGAGUCAGACGCAACAAACGGGCGCGCCGUAGGCAGUGCCAACGCGGAAAGCAAGAUCCUCGCCUCCACGGAGCGCAAUAGCGACUAUGUUGCACGCGGCGGACGAGGCAACGCCCGUCCCCUGAGUGACGGCGAGAGCUCCGCAUACGACGACGAUAUGAGCGACGGUCUGCACAGGCGCAUGACGGGUGACCCAAGCCGAGAGAGCGUAUGA